GAGGCGGGGCGCGCUGGUGUCCUCGCCGCGGUCAUGGACCAGGCCCGCGCUGCCGCCCGCCUGCGCGUCCUGCGGGGCCACCUCGGCCGCCGCUCGGCCGGGGCCGCCAUAGCUCACCCCACUUCAGGGACUGUUCCUCCUGCCAGUUUCCAUCCUCAACAAUUCCAGUACACUAAGGAGAAUAAUGUUCUGACCCUAGAACAGAGAAAAUUUUAUGAAGAAAAUGGGUUUCUCGUAAUUAAAAAUCUGGUAUCUGAUGCUGAUAUUGAAGGCUUUAGGAACGAGUUUGAAAGAAUCUGCAGAGAGGAGGUGAAACCAAUGGGAUUAAUGGUAAUGAGGGAUGUGACCAUUGCAAAAUCAGAGUAUGUUCCAAGUGAACAAACGAUUACAAAGGUCCAAGAUUUCCAAGAAGAUGAGGAACUCUUCAGAUACUGCACUCUCCCUGAGAUUCUAAAAUAUGUGGAAUGCUUCACUGGACCCAAUAUUAUGGCCAUGCAUACAAUGCUGAUAAACAAACCUCCAGAUUCUGGCAAGAAGACAUCCCGUCAUCCCUUGCACCAGGAUCUGCACUAUUUCCCCUUCAGGCCCAGCAAUAACAUUGUUUGCGCUUGGACGGCCAUGGAGCACAUCGACCAGAGCAAUGGCUGUCUGGUUGUGCUCCCAGGCACACACAAAGGUUCCCUGAAGCCUCACGAUUAUCCCCAAUGGGAGGGGGGAGUUAACAUAAUGUUCCAUGGAAUCCAGGACUAUGAUGAAAACAAUGCCCGGGUUCACCUCGUGAUGGAGAAGGGAGACACUGUGUUCUUUCAUCCUUUGCUCAUCCAUGGAUCUGGUCGGAAUAAAACUCAAGGAUUCCGGAAGGCAAUUUCCUGCCAUUUUGCUGAUGCCAAUUGCCACUACAUCGAUGUGAAGGGCACCAGUCAAGAAAACAUUGAGAAUGAAGUUGUACAGUUGACAAGUAAAUUCUUAGAGGUUAAAGACAUCAAGCUGAAGGAUCUUUGGAGAUUUCGAGCUCGACUCGUGAAAGGAGAAAGAAUCAACCUUUGAAAUAGCCCUUUGCUAAAACUCCUUUAGAGAAAGUCAAAAUGAAACCAGCUGUCUAAGGAAUUGUUUUCUUAAUGAGAUGAUGUUAUCUUUUCUGUCAUUGUUCACAAAAUCAGAAUUCGUGUAUCAGGUACUCAAUUGCAUGUGGGCGAUUCUGUAGUGCGGUGGUUUGCUUUAUGGAUGUCAAAACAGUAAAAGUGAUAUAUUACUGUGUUAGGGAAAACUAAAUUAGGGUUACAUCUAAUAAAGGUGGUUGAUGCAU